UUGGAAAAAUGAUGAGUAGGAUGAUUCCACUUCUGAUCCUCGGCCCUCCUCACUCUUCAAAUCCUGACAAAUUCGUGAUUUAGACACAAGGAAAAUGGCAGCGGAAAAACCACAGCCGGUUCAAGUUCCCUACUGCCAGGUUUGCACGUUACCUGCAGAGUACUGCGAAUUCGGGCGGGAUUUUGAGAAAUGCAAGCCCUGGUUGAUCCGCAACGUUCCCAAUCUCUACCCACACCUCCUCCAAGAGGCGAAUGAUAAAGAAGCAGAGAAGCUAUCAGAGCAGCUUCAAGGGUCUGGUAUAUCCCCAGCUGGAUCACCAGCUGCAACCGCUGGGGAACCUUCAGCCAGCAAGCAAGAAGAUGUCAAACGACUUCCUGGUGGAAAAAUUAAGAGAAAGGAGAAACAAGAAGUUGUUAUUGAAAAGAUUGUGCGGAAUAAACGCAAAUGUAUCACCACAGUAAAAGGAUUAGAACUAUUUGGUAUUAAACUUAGUGAUGCUUCAAAGAAGUUUGGAAAGAAAUUUGCUACAGGUGCAUCUGUAGUUAAGGGACCGACUGAGAAGGAUCAAAUUGAUGUUCAAGGAGAUAUUGCUUAUGACGUAGUAGACUUCAUUAGAGAAACAUGGGCUGAGGUGCCAGAAAGCGCUAUAUUCUUUAUUGAGGAUGGGAAAAGGGUAUCUGCAGCUUGAGCUUUUAGUUUGUGCCAUGAGGAGUUGAUGCUAAAUUUUGGUCGCAUGCUAGCAGAGAUUUUGAGUUGAUGACAUGCUGGAAAGCAAUCUCUCUUUUGUGCCUGUUAUUAGGCCUGUCAAUCGGGCCUAAUGAACCGGGCUUUGAUGAGUUCAAACUCAGCUCAUUUAAUUUGAGACAUUUUCGGGCUUCGGGCUAUGAGUUUCGGGUUCGUAAAUGUGAAGCUCAUACUCAGCUCACAUAAUAUUCGGAUUGUGAGCCUUAAUCGGGCUUAGCCCAAGCUCACUUAUUACUCCUGAAUUUUCUUAAUAUAAUUGCUAUAACUAUUAAGUUGUAAAACUAA